AUGUCGUCACAAACACCUGACGUCAACGCUCUGUUGCACAACAUGUGUGCACAGAUCUUCGCGUUAACUAUGCAACUCGCCGAGCUACAGGCAAACCCUCCUACCCCCUCGGUAGAGAAAAAGUUCAAUAAGAAAGUCGAAGUUGUCGCUGACCCUGGCGCCUUCAAGGGAGACAGAGCACAAUUUGCCGAGUGGUGGAUCAAACUCCAAAUAUGGGUUCAGGCAAAUUGGGAUGCAUUUGCCAACGAUUUCGAGGUAGCCACUGCGGUGCUAUCUCGACUAAAGGGACCUGUGGCGGGUCAAUACGCCCAAGUUAGAAUGCAGGAGUGCUACACCGCGGGAGUGUGGCCCACCUGGGACAAUCUCAAAGUAGAGAUUGAAAAAUAUUUCAAGCCGCAAGCUGAGCGUGACUGGGCGCGUCAGCAAAUUCGUUCCUUCAAACAAGGCAACAUGAGGACUGAUGACUUUGUAACCCGGUUCCUGGCCCUCUCCAUCCAAGGGGGUCUUGGUAAUGAACAUGCAGUAGAGCUGCUGGAACGCAAUGUGAACCCCCACAUUGCAGAACAGCUUUACCUACAGGAUAUGAGAAAUGAGAAUCUCUCUCAAGCAGCAGAGGAGGUUCGAAAAAUAGGUAGGGCCAUAGAACUCUACAAAAUGCACCAAGGUGGCGAGACCACCAAAAACAACCAAUCCCAGAGGCGCCCUGGGUCAUCAAACCAUCAUAAUCAUUCUCACGGGUUCAAGCUGUUCAGGCUGCAACCAGGGCAGGGAGCCCCCAUGGAUAUCGGCGCGGUCCAAGGAGGACAGAUGCGCAGAUUCAAGGGGAACUGCUACAAUUGCAGCCAAGAGGGACACAUGUCCCGAGACUGCAGAAAAGGAGCGCAUGCUGCUCAACAAAAAAAUAAUCAAGGGCGCCAGGCGUGCCAAUUAGAAUCCGAAAAACCGGACAAUCGGCUCCAGACUCUGGCUGGUCGAUCCUAUGACAAAAUCCGGGCCUUCUUCUACGAUCAGCAGGCUGCUGAAAUGAAGGCUCAGGGAAAAGAGUUUGGAGCUUAG